AUGUCAACGACAGCUACCAUAGGCGACAUGGCGAACAGUGCGGUGGAGUUCUAUCCAAAGCGGAGUGGAGGAAUGGAGGCCAACCACUCGGACAACUUCGGGGUAACCAUGGAGGAGCUGCGGUCUCUGAUGGAGCUGAGAGGAGCAGAAGCCCUGCAGAAGAUUCAGGAAACCUACGGAGACACUGAGGGCCUCUGCCACAGACUCAAGUCUUCCACCACAGAUGGUUUGUCUGAUAACUCGGUGGACUUGGAUAAAAGAGCGCAGACGUUUGGACAAAACUUCAUUCCUCCAAAGAAGCCCAAAACCUUUUUGCAGCUGGUGUGGGAGGCACUGCAGGACGUCACCCUCAUCAUCCUGGAGAUAGCAGCCAUCAUCUCUCUUGGCCUGUCCUUCUACCAGCCCCCGGGGGAGGAGAGCGAGGUCUGUGGGAACGUGUCAGGUGGUGCAGAGGAUGAAGGUGAAGCCGAGGCAGGCUGGAUUGAGGGUGCCGCCAUCUUACUCUCAGUCAUUUGCGUGGUGCUGGUGACGGCCUUCAACGACUGGAGCAAGGAAAAGCAGUUCCGUGGGCUGCAGAGCCGCAUUGAGCAGGAGCAGCGCUUUGCUGUGGUGCGCAACGGGAAUGUCAUCCAGAUCCCUGUGGCUGACAUGGUGGUGGGCGAUGUGGCCCAGGUCAAAUAUGGUGAUCUGCUGCCUACUGACGGUAUUCUGAUUCAGGGCAACGAUCUGAAGAUUGAUGAGAGCUCCCUAACUGGAGAGUCAGAUCAUGUACGCAAGUCAGUGGACAAGGACCCUAUGCUUCUCUCUGGCACCCAUGUGAUGGAGGGAUCAGGGAGGAUGUUAGUGACAGCGGUUGGAGUAAACUCUCAGUCUGGAAUCAUUUUCACGCUGCUAGGGGCUGGAGAGGGAGAAGAAGAGAAGAAAGAGAAGAAAGAAGACAGUAGUUACUCACUUACCACUGAAGCCAAACAGAGCAGCAUCACCAAUGGCAAGCAGCCAGAGGCCACAGUGGAGACCAAUCAAAAUAAAGCCAAGAAGCAGGAUGGAGCAGUCGCCAUGGAAAUGCAGCCACUAAAGAGUGCAGAAGGUGGAGAGGUGGAGGAGAGGGAGAAGAAGAAAGCCAGUGUGCCGAAGAAGGAGAAAUCAGUUCUACAGGGCAAACUUACCAAACUGGCUGUGCAGAUCGGUAAAGCAGGUCUGGUCAUGUCAGCGAUCACAGUGAUUAUUUUGGUGCUCUACUUCGUGAUUGAGACAUUCGUGAUAGAAGGACGGAGCUGGCUCACUGAGUGCACACCAAUCUAUGUGCAGUACUUUGUCAAGUUCUUCAUCAUUGGAGUUACCGUGUUGGUGGUGGCUGUGCCUGAGGGUCUCCCCCUCGCUGUCACCAUUUCUCUAGCUUACUCAGUGAAGAAAAUGAUGAAGGACAAUAACCUGGUGCGCCAUUUGGAUGCUUGUGAGACAAUGGGCAAUGCAACUGCCAUCUGCUCAGACAAGACUGGUACUCUGACUACCAACCGCAUGACUGUGGUGCAGGCCUAUAUGAAUGACCAGCACUUCCGUGAGAUCCCCGAACCAAAUCAGAUCAGCUCCAACACUCUGGAGAUGAUUGUCAAUGCCAUUUCUAUUAACAGCGCCUAUACCUCCAAGAUCAUGCCCCCUGAUGUGGAAGGUGGCCUGCCUAAGCAGGUGGGGAAUAAGACCGAGUGUGGCUUGCUGGGCUUUGUGCUGGACCUGAAACGAGACUAUGCACCCAUCCGUGAACAGAUCCCAGAAGAGAAGCUCUACAAGGUAUACACCUUCAAUUCCGUCCGUAAGUCCAUGAGCACUGUGGUGCAGCUUCCAGAUGGCGCCUUCCGUCUCUACAGCAAAGGAGCCUCUGAAAUUCUCCUGAAAAAGUGUUCAUCCAUUAUAGGAGCAGGGGGUGAAGUGCGGAGCUUCAGGCCAAGGGACCGGGACGAGAUGGUGAAGAAAGUGAUCGAGCCAAUGGCAUGUGAGGGCCUGCGCACCAUCUGCAUUGCCUACCGUGACCUCCCUGGCGAUCCUGAACCUGACUGGGACAAUGAAGCUGAUAUUGUUACAGACCUCACAUGCAUUGCUGUAGUUGGGAUUGAGGAUCCUGUCAGGCCUGAGGUCCCUGAGGCCAUCCGGAAAUGCCAGAGAGCAGGUAUCACUGUGCGCAUGGUCACUGGUGACAAUAUCAACACAGCACGUGCCAUCGCUGCAAAAUGUGGCAUCAUCCAGCCUGGUGAUGACUUCUUGUGUCUGGAGGGCAAGGACUUCAAUCGACGAAUCAGGAAUGAGAAAGGAGAGAUUGAGCAGGAGAGGAUUGAUAAGAUCUGGCCCAAACUGAGAGUCCUGGCCCGCUCCUCACCCACUGACAAACAUACACUGGUUAAAGGCAUCAUUGACAGCACUGUGAUGGAGCAGAGGCAGGUGGUGGCUGUGACUGGUGAUGGGACCAAUGAUGGACCAGCUCUUAAGAAAGCUGAUGUCGGCUUUGCCAUGGGCAUAGCUGGAACUGAUGUAGCUAAAGAGGCCUCGGAUAUCAUCCUGACUGAUGAUAAUUUCAGUAGUAUUGUGAAGGCAGUCAUGUGGGGGCGGAAUGUCUAUGACAGCAUCUCAAAAUUCCUGCAGUUUCAGCUUACUGUCAAUGUGGUGGCCGUCAUUGUGGCCUUCACUGGAGCCUGUAUUACGCAGGACUCUCCUUUGAAAGCAGUGCAGAUGCUAUGGGUGAACCUGAUUAUGGACACAUUUGCAUCACUUGCCCUGGCCACUGAGCCACCCACUGAAGCCUUGCUAUUGAGAAAACCCUAUGGCCGUAACAACCCCCUCAUCUCCCUCACCAUGAUGAAGAACAUCCUGGGCCAUGGAGUCUAUCAGCUUAUUAUCAUCUUCACUUUGCUGUUUGUUGGAGAGAAGAUCUUUAACAUCGACAGUGGGCGCAAUGCUCCAUUGCACUCACCUCCCACUGAGCACUACACAAUCAUCUUUAACACCUUCGUCCUCAUGCAGCUCUUCAAUGAGAUCAAUGCUCGCAAGAUCCAUGGAGAGAGGAAUGUGUUUGAUGGCAUCUUUGGCAACCCUAUCUUCUGCAGCAUCGUGCUGGGCACCUUUGGCGUGCAGAUUGUUAUAGUGCAGUUUGGGGGAAAGCCCUUUAGCUGUGCCCCUCUCAACGUGGAGCAAUGGCUGUGGUGCCUCUUUGUCGGAGUUGGAGAGCUCCUGUGGGGUCAGGUCAUUGCCACAGUGCCCACCAGUCACCUGAAGUGUCUAAAAGAGGCAGGUACAGGGCCGGGCACAGAUGAGAUGACUGAGGAUGAGCUGGCUGAGGAUGAAGAGGAGAUUGACCAUGCUGAAAGAGAGCUGCGCAGAGGCCAGAUCCUCUGGUUCAGAGGCCUCAACCGCAUCCAGACUCAGAUGCGGGUGGUGAAAGCGUUCCGUAGCUCCCUCUAUGAUGGCAUCGAGAAGCCUGAAUCCAGGAACUCCAUCCACAACUUCAUGGCACAUCCUGAGUUUCUCAUCAACGACUUCAUGCACAACAUCCCGCUGAUCGACGACACAGACAUCGAUGACGAAUCGGAGCUGUCCAAGCACAACCACCAUCACCUGCACCCGGCCUUCCGCAAGCCGCCUCCUCCUCCGGUCCAGCGAUCCCAUCCCCCACCACGUCCUUAUCGCCAGUACAGCCUCCCAGCUACCCCCAACCGCAACAACAAUGCUAACCAGAGCAGCAUGCACCACCUGACCCAACCCACAGAACACAGCGCACACUGGACCACCUAUUCCCGACAGAUGUGCCCCCUUCUCAGCCUGGAGACUUCACUCUGA